AUGAAAUUCAACACCAUCUUCGCCUUCGUCCUCCUUACCAUCGCGCAGAGCAGUCUAGCUGCUGUAGUUGUCAACGGUACCGUGUCGUCAAUAGAGGUCAGAGGCCGUGCGCCAACCCAACUGUACCUCUCGCGAAACGGCUGGGCAGUAGGGCCACUACCAGCGAUCCAUCCCCGACAGGUGGUAGCGGCAGCUGCUGCUGCAGUUCCGGGACAUGCCAUAGGCAGGGUUGCCCGUUUGGAACUACGUACCGAGGAGACUGCUACUCGGACCUCGGCACCCUUCUCUCUUGCUGCAGCCCUGCCUAGAGGGAGCGGUAUCGUAUCAGAUGGUGCUAGUACUGCACUCCAUCCUUUCGUAAUCUCAAAUAGUGUCGUCGUGUAUCGAUUCAAGGACCAUAGGCUUCUUUAUAGAUGGACGAUUCACAUUUGA